CCUGCAUCUGAAUCAAACUGGCAGAUCGCAAGCAGGAGCAGCACGGACGGUAGUUUUGCAUAUUGGAUUUAGCGUUAGAUUUUUUCGUAGCUUUUGUGAUAGUUGGAUAAUCAAAAUGUCGUUGUUUGAUACAAAUUCGCUGACACUUUCUCAAAUUAGACUGAUGUCUAGAGAGGAAUUAGUUACUUUGCUUGUAGAUUUUCUACAACGGUUGAAGGAGAAAUCGGCCAUCCUGAUAAAGCAGGACAUUCUGGAGCAGGACCUGGAAAAAGCCCAAGAACAAAUUGAGCUUUUAGAUGAAAAAGUUGAUUCAUUAACUAAAGAUCUAAAGAUUUCUCACAGGCAAAACAGAUACCUAAGUAAUGAAAAAAUACCUAAGUUAAAAUUAGAGAUAGCAACUUGGAGUUCCCAUAGAAAUCAGCUGUUAGCUGAAGUGAAGUCGUACCAGAGUAAAGUUAAAGAUCUGCAAAACUCUUUUAAAACCCUGGAGAGGGAAUCAAAACUUCAGCUUGAAAAGACAAUAGAAGAAAAGAGACAAGUGACAUCAGAAUUCGCGACGUAUAGAAUAAAGACCGAAAAGAAAGAACAUGAAAUAAAGAAACUGGAGAUCGAAUUGUCCAAGAAGGUCAAUGACAUCGGAUUGAAGAACAUUGAAAUUCAGAAAGAGAAAGAGAAGUCCAAACUUCUGGAGGGCACUGUGAGAGAACUAGAAAAGAAAUUAAUGGAGGCAGAAAAUGAAAAUAAAAAUCUGACUAAGAAACUGGCAAAAACCCCAAGGGAGGAAGCCAUCGAGAAAACAAGGAUCGCAUUCGAAGCCAGACUUGAUUUUGACGCGCUAGCUAAAGAAAAACAGCGAAGCCGGAUGUUACAAGAAUCUCUCACAAAAAAAGAACGGCAACUCAAUGAACUCUUGGAGGAGCAGGCAAAGAAACGACCCUCAUUCGCCCAUGUAAAGAGAGAGGCUGAGACUGGAAAAAAAGGUUUUGAACCUACUGCUGCAGAUUGGAGACAGUUAAAAAGAGAGAAUGUAGCUUUAAAUGCCGAAAUAUCCGUACAUAUGGAGAACAGGCGUAAAGAUCAACAUGAAAUAAAACAACUAACUGAGCAAUUAUCAAAGAUCAAAAGAGAAGUGAUCACCGAGAGAAUUAAACAAGAAGAUUUGAGGAAAUCUAGAAACAAUAAACAGGAAGACAUUGCUGUGGUGAGACUGGAUGUGGAAAAAAAUAUCAAGGCACCAACUGAAAAUAGAAAUAUUAUAUAUUUACCACCAAUUGCAUCAAACAUCCAGCCACCCAAACCAAAGAUAUCUUUUAAUCAAAGAACUUUGAGUUUGGGUGAAGGCAAGUUAUUGCCAGACUUUAAAGAUAAUUUAACAUCACAGUUUAAGCCACAGCCCCCUAGACAAGGAAAGCCUGGAAGACCUCCAUUUAUAGCGGGAGGCAGGAAGGGGUGGAAAAACUAAAGGGAGAAAAAAAUAGCAGUCAACCUGGCGGGAGAGGAGAACGUUAAAGUUCCCUCAACAGAAUAUCAUGAGGUCCGUUUGUAACAUCGCGUACGAGAGGCGUAUACACCUUGGGGCUGGGCUUUAACCCAUGGAGCCCAGCAGGGCACAGCCGAAGAGGAGACAGGAUUCCCUAGCAGAAGGUGGGGACCUUGGUGAUCUGAUCCUGGGCUACAGAUGCUCCCUGUACUUCCAGAGUCUGGUCCUCAUUGCCGGCAGCAACUCGGGCUCGUUUCCAGUGAGAGCUGGACUCCGCCAAGGCUGUUUGUCACUAAUUCUAUUCAAUACUUUUAUUGACAGAAUUUGUAGGCACAGCCAAGGCGUUGAGGGGAUCCGAUCUGGUGGCCUUAGGAUCGCAUCUCUCCUUUUUGCAGAAGAUGUGGUCCUGCUGCCUUCAUCAGGUCGUGAUCUGCAGCUUUCACUGGAGCGAUUCGCAGCCGAGUGUGAAGCGGCCGGGAUGAGGAUCAGUGCCAUCUGGUCAGGAUGCUUCCUGGUCGCCUCCCUGGUGAGAUGUUUCAGGCACAUCCCACCGGGAGAAGGCCAAGGGGAAGACCCAGGACACUAUGGAGGUUUCUCAGCUGAUCUGGGAACUCCUGGACCAAGAGGCUGUGGAGAGGGAAUCUGGACCUCCUUACUUAGGCUGCUACCCCUGUGAUCUGAAAUGGAUGAUGGAUGGAUGGAUGGAUGGGUGGAUGGAUGGAUGGAUGGAUGGAUGGAUGGAUGGAUGGAUGGAUGGAUGGAUGGAUGGAUGGAUGGAUGGAUGGAUGGAUGGAUGGACGGACAGUUCCUAUACGCCUCUUGUAUUUACUAAUAACGUCCGCUUUUACACUGUAAAAACGAACUUAGGGGGUUAUCAGAUUA